CACAGGAGGUGAAAAACACGGCUCAUCAGCGGUUACUCUUAAGGGCCGGGAAGAAAAGGGACCAAGCGCCUUUUUAUUUCCAAAGUCACCGACGACUUGCAGGCAGCCCGCGCGCCAGCUAUGAAGGGGCCUUCUCGCUGAGCGACGAAAAUAGCAGCACCUUCGCCUUCCGCCCAGCGACCUGGAGCGCGCAUGCGCACGUCGGGCAGCCGCCGAUGUGUGCCAACAUGGGAACACCACAGAAAGAUGUCAUAAUAAAAAAUGAUGCACCGGCUACAUUGUUCUUAGACAAACAUGCAGAUUAUAUAGCAGCAUAUGGAACAAAGAAAGAUGAUUAUGAGUACUGUAUGUCAGAAUAUUUAAGAAUGAGUGGUGUGUAUUGGGGACUGACAGUAAUGGACCUUAUGGGGCAGCUGCAUCGGAUGAGUAAAGAAGAAAUCCUGGCAUUUAUCAAAUCAUGUCAGCAUGAAUGUGGUGGAAUAAGCGCCAGCAUUGGUCAUGAUCCUCAUCUUUUAUAUACACUUAGUGCUGUCCAGAUUCUAACUCUCUAUGACAGUCUCCAGGUGGUUGAUGUAAAUAAAAUUGUUGAUUAUGUAAAGAACUUACAAAAAGAGGAUGGGUCAUUUGCUGGAGACAGAUGGGGAGAGAUAGAUACCAGGUUUUCUUUUUGUGCAGUAGCAACACUAGCCCUUCUGGGGAAACUGGAUGAAAUUGAUGUUGACAAAGCAAUAGAGUUUGUGUUGUCCUGUAUGAACUUUGAUGGAGGAUUUGGUUGUAGACCAGGAUCUGAAUCUCAUGCAGGACAGAUCUAUUGUUGCACAGGAUUUCUGGCUAUAACUGGUCAAUUACACCAAAUAAAUGCUGACCUUCUAGGCUGGUGGCUUUGUGAACGUCAGUUGCCAUCCGGUGGCCUUAAUGGAAGGCCAGAGAAGUUGCCAGAUGUAUGCUACUCAUGGUGGGUCCUGGCAUCCUUGAAGAUAAUUGGCAGACUUCACUGGAUUGACAGAGAGAAGUUGCGCAGCUUUAUCUUGGCUUGCCAGGAUGAGGAGACUGGAGGAUUUGCUGAUCGGCCAGGAGAUAUGGUGGAUCCAUUUCACACAUUGUUUGGAAUUGCUGGACUGUCAUUACUGGGAGAAGAACAAAUUAAGCCUGUAAAUCCUGUAUUUUGUAUGCCUGAAGAGAUUCUUCAAAGAAUAAAUGUACAGCUAGAACUUGUGAGCUAGGGAUUAAUGUGUAACCCAUUGUCAUACGCAGCUGCUUUGAAUUUUUCUGUCAAAAGACAUUUCAAAGUGUGUUUACAUAAUAAAAUUACCACUUUACUGUAAGCAGUAUGAUUUUUUUAUGUGGAAGUAUCCACAGUAAUUAAAUGUUAUAUGUGCUUCAGUUUUUAGUAACAGAUGUACAUACACAUUUAAAGUGUCUUUUAAAUAUGUUUGCCUCUGGGCUCUGUUCCAGUCGUGUUACAUACUGUAUUAGCCACAGUAGAUGAAUACUUGAAUUGUGUGACUUUAUAUUUAUGACACAAUCAGUUGCUCGUUUUGCUGACAGCAUGUACUGGACUGUCUUGAGAACUGAGAAAUGUACCUGCUUAUGCCAGUGACACUUCAUGCACUUGACUUACAUUUUAUGAUCUGUAGUUUUUAAAUCCAAUUUGAAUCAUAUAUUCUUCUGUUAGAUUAUAGUAGAAAUGUUAUGGUACUCACUUUCUGCUGGUGACAUGCUUUAAUGAAGGAUGAUGUAAUUAUUAUGUAAUGGUUCAAAAUAGCCUUGCUAAAUUGUAAAAUUAGUUCUUUUGCUCUAAAGCAUGUAUUGUAACUGAUUUGAAUUCCAGUUUCAGUAGCAUUGUUCACAACAGUUGUACAUAGUAAGGAAAAAGCUAUAGAAGAACAUUGUUUUUUUGCAGGACAAAAUAUUUACUUCCACAAGAACUCUAGAAGUGCCUCCAUUUCACUUUUGUCACUACUGUGCAUUUAUAACUUGGCUGAAAUCUGAGUAUGAAAUGAGAUUUUGCUUGAAACAAGUUAAAGCUAAUUAUGCAAUAAAGAUUUAAAUUGUACAUGCUUCACUUAAAAGUGUAAGAGAUCUGCAUAGUUCGUGCAUUUGCUGGUAAGCUGAUAAAUUGCAAGCUUUAGUAGAAGAAACAUGUUUCCACUUCAUUUACGGUGGCAAGUUUAACUGCUUACGAAUUUUGCACAGUAGCACUAGAAGGCGCGAAGCAAGCACCAAUUGGAAUACCAGAAUUGUUUGUGUUGAGACUAGAUGGAUUUGAACCUAUUGUGCAAUAAAAUGUUAAGUUCUGAGA